UACAGGCAGGCACUAUAUAAAUUUAUUAACUCAAGAACAGAAAACCAAAACAAAAAUUCCAGUGAACAUUGGUUUUUGUAAGAAAAAUUUCUAUUGCCUGUUGUUGAGUCACUGAAUUUAGUCUUGCUUUCAUUUGGCUAUUCUACAAGUCACUGAAUCGGAAAAGACAGCUAUGGCUGAGAUACUAGUAUCAGUGAUUGCAGAACCCAUAGUGGGGAAAGUCAUUGAUCUUGCAGCUUCCUUCAUAGCAAGUCAGAUUGAUCUGCUGCGGCAUCUCAAAGGUGAUGUAGGGAAGCUCAAAAGUAAGCUGACCAUGAUUCAUAAUGUGCUGAAAGAUGCUGAGGAGAAGCAAACAGGGUCUCAUCAGCUGAGAGAUUGGCUCCAAAAGCUUCAAGAAGCAUCUUAUGAUGCAGAGGACUUGCUGGAAAUGUUUGAAACUGAAGCCCUGUUGUUGCAGAAGAAAAAGGAGGCAACAAAGCUGCCACUUAUUCCCAGGGAAGCUUUCUGGAAACAUAGUUCUGCAGGAAAGAUCAAGAAGCUUUUAUCAAGGUUGGAAGAUAUUGCAAGAGAGAAAAAUGACUUCGGCCUUGAAAAUAUUCAUGCUGAUGUUCCUUCUUAUGAUAGAACAACGACUUCGUUUGUGAACGAAACUGAUGUUGUUGGUAGAGAAGAGGACAUGAAAAAAAUCAGUGACAUGCUUUUAUCUGAGGAACUCAACAGCCAAGGAGGAAUAUCCGUGAUUCCCAUAAUUGCAAUGGGAGGGAUGGGGAAGACAACUCUUGCUCAAUCAAUCUACAACAAUGAAACAAUUCAAAGCCAUUUUAAGGUUGUGAUGUGGGCGUGUGUUGGCUACAAGUUUGACAUUAAAAGCGUACUAAAAGAGAUGAUAGAAACUCAUUCCAAGAUGAAGGUAGCUGAAUUAGAUGAGUUACCUCUUCACCUGUUGGAGUCUCGCUUGCUUAAUGUUAUCUCAACAAAUUGCAUUCUGGUAGUUUUAGAUGAUGUCUGGUCUGUGAAUUACGAUGACUAUGAGAAGCUAGAGAGGCUGCUAAAAAGUGCAGGGAAAGGUUCUAGAGUUUUGAUUACAAGUCGAGACAGUGGGGUUUUCUCUCUCAACUCUUCACAACCUGAUUUUAAGAUGCCAAGUAGGAGAUCGUGAGUCACAGUUGUCCAGACACGAAUGUAGAAAUGAUAUACAAUUAAAGGUUCAUUAAAAAAUUUUCUGACCAAAGUAGUCUUACCUAGUCCAACCAUGCCAAUUGCCAACAACUGAAACAAAAUGAAACUGAUUUAUCCCUCCCAUAAGUUGCUCAACCAGUUUCCUUGCAUCAUCCUCAAAACCAACCACAGUUUGGCUUCCUGCAUCAUUUUGACUCAUCACCUUCUGUAUAUUGCAUUCCGAAGGUUCCAUUUUCAGAUGUUAUGCAUAUCUGAUUGGUAAUAACCUUCUCUUCUGCGUGUAUUUUGGGUAUUCGACUUGAUCAGGAUCCAAAAAAAAUCUGAUCGAAUUGCCUGCCUUGCUUACUCAGUGUCUCUUGGCAAAAGGUGCAUCAGGCGUGCUUCCUAUGUUGUCUUUUCUGGUGUUGUAUCCACUUUCUUGUGUUAAAUUUGAUUCUAUUUUAAUCUUCCA